AUGGUCGACGGUGCGAGUGCGACGCACCGCGACAGCCCUGCUGAUACGUGUCUGGGUCGGUGGAUGCGGUCUGCGGUGGGUGGGUGUCCACGCAGCCGGCACCGUGUGCGGCGCAGGGCCAUUGCGGCUGCGCUUUUGGCGCUGCUUGUGGCGUUGGUGCUGGCUGCUGCGGCGGCGUGGAUGCCCGCGGUGCAUGCGGUGGUGCUGCGACUGCGGGACGGCACGGUGGACAGAGCCAUCACGGUUGGCCGCGCCGUGGACACGGUGCUGAUGGACGGCGUGUCCAUCACGAACGGCGUGGCUGUUGUGUUUGACGUUGCGGCGAUGCUUCCCGGCGCGCUGCGCAUCGAAUUGAGGAACUGCGUGUGCGACGGCGGUGCGCAGAUCUACGUGCGGGGCUACAGCGGCGAGCCGGCGAGUGACCGGAGCCUGGAGGUGAGCGUGAGCGGGCUGUCGGGGAGCUACUGCUCGCUCGUGUUUGUGCACAACCUGCCGGCACACACGAACGUGACGGUCCGUGACUCGACGGUUGUGACGGCGGGGCCGAUGCGCUACUCGCAGCUGAGCGGGCUGACGGACGCGGUGGCGGCGCCGCUUGUGCUGCACGCGACGUCGCUGUUACAGACACAGCUGCGUGUGAGCAACACUGUGCUGAGGUCGUUGCAGGCGGGCGGGUCGGCGGUGUACGUUGGCGGCGGUGUGGACCUGCUGUCGAGCGCGGUGGUGCUUGACGGCGUGUUGCUGGAGGCGUCGGGCGGUCCGACCGCUUCCGCGUUGCAUGUGGCGUCCUCGUCGAAUCUCAGUCUGCGGAGCCACUCGGUGUUCUCCGUGACGAACGUGUCGGUUGUGAGCAGCGGCGGCGGCCUUGUGCUUGGCGAGCGCCUCGCGGUGGUCGAUUCGGUGCUGCGCUUCGUGGGCGUCGAGGGGUCUGCUGCGUCCUCGCUGGUGCGCUGCGACGGUGGGACGAUCGGUGUCGGCGGGUGGCUGGAGCUGCACGACGUGUGGGCGGUGGGCGAGGCGUCGUCUGUGGCGUCGCUGUCGGGGGUGACGCUGAGCGGCGGCGCCGUGUCGAUUGCGCGCUGCGCUGCCACUGGCGCUACGCUUGUCUCCGGGCCGACGAUCACGAGCGGCGUCGUGUCGGUGCAGUGCAACCGUGCCGGCGGCCGGGUGCUGCAGAGCAGCAACGACUACCGCAUGGCCGGCCUGUCGUCCGUGAGCGUGGUGCCGUGCGACGGCUGUGCGGCUGCGCUGGCGUGCUUUGCUGCGCUGACGGCGUCGUUCUCUGACUGCGUGUGCAGCUGCCGUGCCGGCGGUGUGGGCAAGGCGUGCCUGCCGUUCGACGUGCCGGCUGCGAGGGCCGGUGGCGGCGGUGGCGAUACUGCGGAGGGCUGCGUGGGUGGCGUGAUGCUGACGGAGUCGGUGACGGUUGGCGGCGGGUGGGCGACGGCGUGCUUCGACUCGGUGGUGUUCAGCGGGCCGAUCACCGUGACGGUGGACCUGCGCUUGAUGGACGCGUUUGCUGACGCGCUGAACGUGACGCUGUGCCACUGCGUGCUUGCGGGCGGCGCACAGCUGCGGAUUGGCGGUCUCAGCGAGAGCACGGCGCGCCUGAUGCCCCACGCCCUCGUCAACAUGACGAAUGUGACGUCGGUGGAGGGCACGAUUAUGCUGCAUGGCGCGAUGCCGUCGAACUCGAGUGUGGUGCUGGCGAACUCAACGCUGCGCGCGACGGUUGGCGGGUCGCAGUACGUGCCGACGACCCGUGAACACGAGAGAUUCCGGUACGGCCCCGCGCUUGUCCUGGACGGCGUCCGGCUUCUGUCGACGCGGUUUGUCAUGACGCGGUCGUCACUGGUGUGUGGCGGGGGCUCGUGCGCUGCGAUCCUCGUGGGGCGCGGCUUUGUCGUGAACCUGUCCAGCGUCUUCUACAUGGACAAUUGCGCAGUGAGUUCGCAGACGCACGUGAUGUACGCUCUUGCGUCGGACCUGCGUGUCAGCGGUGGCUCCGUGUUCUCCAUACAGAACAGCUCGUGGAGUGCUCCGAGCACCGAAUACUACAACGGCGCGUGUGUGUUCAGGGAUGUCGCGGUGGAUGGCGGUAGCGUGCUGCAGAUUGUGUCUAGCACUUUCCGUCUCGGUUUUGCCAUGCUCAUUGCAAACACGCUGAAUGUGACUGAUGGCAGCUGGCUGGUGCACCGCAACAACGAGUUCCGCACCGCCUACGUCGUGUACGUGGUCGAGGAGAACGGCGUGGCGUUUUGCGAUCGGAGUGUGUGGUCGAUACUUUACAACAAACUCACGUACCGCUCGUACUCGUCAACCAUUCCACGCAUGACAAGCAAGUGGUCACCACCGUCCGACUCGCGCCCGAUCAUCUACGGUGUGUGCAACGAGGCACGGGGCUCACCUGUGACGAAUUACCGAGACGACCUCAAUAUUUGGACGCCCGUGAGGGUGUUGGCCUGUGGUGCGUGCACCGUGGACGCCGUGUGCUUUGCUGCGAGGACGAGCAGCAUCAGCGGCUGUGAGUGUGUGUGCGCUGCUGGCGGCUACGGUGACACGUGUCUACCAGCUGCGAUUCCGGACGGCCUUUGGCCGCUUCCGCUCACCGACGCGAAGGACACGGAGGUCCGCUGCGUGCACGGUGGCAGCAUCAGCUCUUUGGACGUCCCUGAUCCCGGUGUGCGUGGUCUGUGCUUCGUCAACGUGACCUUCACCGCCGCGAUCGUGCUGGACCUGUCGUAUUUUGACGCACCGGAACAGACACUCAACGUCACGCUGCUGCAGUGCGUUCUCGUGGGCGUGUUGAUCAAGGGGAGUGGUGCGCAUGUGCACGUGAACGUGACAUCCUCGGUUUUGGAUUUUGGUGCAUUGGAGUUUAAGGGUGAUUUUGGCACUGGAUCCCAGAUACUGGUGGCGGGCUGUGCGCUUGUGGCGACGUCGAGCUACGCCAUUGCUUUUUUGGAUUUUACUGUUGGUGCGAACUCAACUCUGUGGCUACUCGACAACCGCAUCGCAGGGAAUAUGUACGCACUCUAUUUUCCCAAUGCUGCUGUUGUUGAUGGUGGCGGGAUCAUUGUGAAGGGAAACACGCUGGGUACUAUGGAGAUUAAAGGUAUGGAAUCAUCUCUUUAUUUUUACGCUGUUGAUGUGAAGAACGACGGCUAUUUUGGCGUGGAUAACAAUACGAUGAGAGCCAUUAGCGGAGUUUAUUUUUUUGGGUUUACCACUGUGAGCUCCGCGGGGCUGCUGCGAGUGGCGGACUGCACCUUUGCUGGCAGCGCGGGGGGUUUUGUUUCCGCGCUGGUGUAUCUUGACGGCUCUGUGACUCUUCAGGGUGGUGCGCAGUGGCGUGUGGAGGGAAACAGCGUGGGUGCAGCCUCAGUAUUAACUAUUCCGUAUUCCAAGCACAAAAUUCAGCUAUCAGACAGCGGCACCACUGUGGUGCUUGCACACAACCGUCAGGUGAACUCGAGGGCUUCCUUUUUCAAUAUUUUCCCAUCGAGCAUUGUCGCGACGUUACCCGCGCGGUUUGUGGUUGGGUGCAACCUGCAGGGCGGUGAGGAGGCGUUGUACGACGACGUGUUUUCGGAGGGCGUGGAGCUGUUUGGGUGUGGCACGUGCAACGACGACGCGGCGUGCUACAUGCCCGGGACGGAGUCGGUGGACCGCAGCUCGUGCUCGUGCAGCUGCAGGGACGGAUGGCAUGGCGCGUCGUGUCUUCCCUUCGAGGUGCCCGACGCGGUUGUGCCGCCCGUGGCGGAGAGAGCCGUCGACGGCGACACGAGCUGCGUGGUGAACCAGACGCUGACGAGCCUCGCGCUGAACAUGUGGAAGACGCACCACUGCUUCUUGGGUGUGACAUUCAGCGGCGUGGAUGCUGCGCUGACGUUCUUCUUUAACAGUAUGCCGCUGCAUCUCCCUAUCAACAUCACGCUCACUGGGUGCACAUUCCGUGAGGGUGCCGCGCUGGAGUUUGUUGGGGGUGCUGAGGCGGCCGAGUCAUCCGGCGUCCUGAUCCGCGUGAGCCAGACGGUGAUGCGGCCCUCCGUCGUUAUUUUUGCACUCGCCCUUCCGCAGCACUGCGACAUCGCCGUCACGGAGGUUGACGCGGCGCAGUCCUCCGCAGUCCAUUCGCCGGACACAGUGAACAACAAGCUGAGUGUUGUGAUGCUGCGGGAAGUCGUGUUGAGUGCGUCUUCGCUUUUGGUCAGCAACGUCAGGGCGCAUGCAACGAAGCGUGAUGCGUUUGGUUUGUACUCGACUGGGACGCUGAAGCUGGUGGGUGGCAGCUCGCUGUACACGCGGUACUGCAGCUUUGAUGGGUACACACACCUUUUCCACGUAAAUAUCCUCAGUGUCCGCGAACACUCCGUUUUUGCGCUGCUCAACAAUACAAUGUCCUCCGGGAAAAGCCUUCUGUUUCAGUAUCUUGGCUUUAGCGUGUCGGAUUACAGCGUACUGCGUGUGGUAAGGAACAGCGGCUCCGUGUCAUACGCCAUCUUUGCAGACGACUUAUGGACCGUUCAGCAGUCAAGCUGGCUGGAUUGGCGCGACAACGACGUGGGAGUGGGUGCGAUGUUCCACGAAUCCGAAUCCACUUUUGUGAGCAUUGACGACAGCAGUGUGGUGACGCUGACGGGCUGCAAGAUGGGCUCGACGGGGCUGUCGGGACCCCUGCUAUCUCGGGUUGACGCCGGCUACCGGUUCGUUGCUGGGUGCCUGACGGUCGCGGGACGUUUGCUGACGACGGCGGCAGAGCUGGAGCUCCACGGCAUCACCAACGUGACGACGGUUGCCGCGUGCGGGGAGUGCACGAAGGAGGGCGACUGCUUUGCACCGCUGACGACGGCGGUCAUUGGCUGCAAGUGCCAGUGCGCUGCUGGAGGGCACGGCGAUGCGUGCGUCCCGGCGCCUGUGCCUGCUGGCCCGCCGCCACUGCCCACGCCGCCACCGCCACCGCCACCGCCGCCCACACCACCGCCGCCGGUUGGUGAGUGCAUCAGCGACAUGGUGUACCCCGAGGUUGCGCAGGCUGUGGGCGGCGGGCUGUCGUGGCUGUGCUACCGCAACGUGACGUUCAGCGGGGGCGGCAUGAGCCUGACGGUGCUGAUUGGUGCGAUGACGGGCGAAGUGGCGAACGUCACGUUCGAUGGAUGCACGUGGAGGGACGGCGCCGUGCUGUUGCUGUUGGGCAAUGCGUACGCCGCUGUGGGGUCGCUGAACAUCGUCGUCACCGGUAACACGUUCCGUGGCGCGCUGCUUAGCCCGGAGGGUGAUUUUCCACCGCACACGAACAUCACGAUCAGCGGGAACCGCUUCACGGUCACGAGGCUGAUCCCUCGGCCGGGUUUGGACCUUGACAGCCCGUCGUGUGUUGCGAUGAAUAGGCUGUGGAUCAGCAAUGACUCCGCGGUGGUGCUCAGUGGCAAUGUGUUUCAUAGCGUGACGGCAUCGUCAAGCGCCAUUCACGUUGUUGAAUCUGCGCUGAGGGUGUCGUGGCACUCCGUGUUUGCGGUGGUGGGCAACACGUUUCAUAUGGAAGGCGGUGACGGUACGCUGAUACAUCUUGAGGGAUCUGGUCAGUCGUUGUCGCUGAGUGUACUGAACAACUCUGCCGUGGCGAUUCGAGGUAACUUUGUGUCGAGGCCGGUGCGCCAUUUCAUUUUUUCUUUCUGGGCCUUAGGUGUGGAGUCUCAAUCAUCGGUCGUGUUUCAGGACAACGACAUGCAGGGAAGCUCGGUUGUGUUUUAUUCAGAUUUUGCUUCCUACAUUUACUACAACUCCUGGCUGCAGUUGAGCGGCAACCUGUGCCGUGUGUCCCCAUUGCAUGCGUUUGCACUCCUGAACCCCACGGUGAAUCUCCGCGACUCCACGGUGUCUGUGUCCGGCAAUCGAUUCAUGUCCAGCACAGGCACGCCGACAGCGCUGCGGAUAUUCACGGGGUCGAGCGAUCUCACAAACGGAGCGAUUUUGUUUGCGUGCAACACCAUGAACGGCGAGGAGCGGGUGAGAUACAUUAUUCCGUCCGUGUACAAUAUCACCAUUUUGACCUGCAGCGAUCCAUGCACCCUCGCGACGUCGUGCUUUCCCGCGUACACGACGACGGCCUCGAGUGAUGGCUGCACCUGCACGUGCGCUGAGGGCGGCCACGGCGAUGCGUGCCUGCCCGUCGCUGUUCCCGAGCCACCGAGCACCGACGGCGCCGACUUGUGCGUGCGGGACGUGCGUGUGGGUGUGGAGGUGAACGUCAGUUUCGGGACGUCGGUGGUGUGCUACGUUGGUGUGACUUUUGCGGCGGACGUCGUGGUGGACGUGGAGUCGAUGUCAGGGAGCGUGCGCAACGUGACGCUGGCGGACUGCACGUUUGUGGGCGGAGCGAGCCUGUACGUUGUUGGGUGGCGGUCCGACCCGCCUGCUGGCGAGCGCGCCGAUGUGUUGAUCAGCGGGCUUGAGUCGCGCUCCGGCGGCGGCGUGGUGGUGGCGAACCGAUUUCCGCCGGGCUCGCGCGUCACUGUGGUGGACUCGGUGCUGAUCGCAGAGGCGCGUGUUGCGUACCGCGGCGACUACGGCCUUGGCGACGUCUCUGCGUGCCUCGUGUUGCACAACGUGAAUCUGACGGGGAGCGUGCUGACCAUCGCGCGCACGCAUGUGGCGGCGGUGUUCCGCGACGCUGUUGGCGUGUUGGUGGUUGGCGGCGUGGCGCUGUCGUCGCGCGGUGCGCUGUACGUGGACGGGCUGUCGGUGCAGACGGCGCUGGGGCUGUGCGUGUCGGUGGAGGGCGGUGUUGCGGCCAGCGACGGCUCCGUGGUGGCGUUUGUUGACAGCGACUUCCUGCUGUGCAAGCACGCGGUGUCUGUGCGUGGGGCUGUGAGCGUGUCGGGCUCCGCUGUGGCGCUUGUGCGGAGCGACUUUUCGUCGACGGAGGACUACGCGGUGGCGUUUUAUUCGACUGUGAGCCUGGCUGGCGGGUCGAUGCUGCUGGCGAAGGGCAACGUGCACGACGGCGUCUCGAGGGAGAUGCUCUACGCUGCUGGCACCGUGACCGCUGCUGGAGGCACGCUGAGCUUUGUGCGCAACCGAGCGCUGCUGCCACGGAUGCUGUCGCUGAGCCUGUCGCUUGCGGCUGGGGCGCAUGUGAGGGUGGCGUGCAACUACGCUGGUGGGCGUGUCCUGUCGACGGCGGAGGAGUACGCGGCGGCUGGUUUUGGCGACGCUGGGCGCAUCGACGUUGCUGGGUGCGACGCCUGCGACAGGGACACGCACUGCUACGCGCCCGGGACGGCGUCGGCGAGCAUGAGGAAUGGUGUGUGCGUGUGCGAGUGCGGCAGCAACGGGUACGGCGAGGCGUGCGUGCCUGUGGGAGCUCCCGCACUGCCGCCCGCUGUGGGCACUGCGUCGAGUGUGUUCAUCCGCGAGGGCGUGACGGUGCGGUCAGUGUUCGUUGUGCCUGCCGGCGCGAGCGAGGUGACGCUGCGCCACUUUGUGCUGGACGGCGUGAGUCCUGUGCUCUACGUGCCGUGGAUGGCGCGAGGCGGCGUGCGGAUCGUUGUGCAGAACGUGUCGCUGCUGAACGGUGCCGUGCUGUACGUGAUGGGCGGUGGAGCGUUGCGCGGUGCGGUGGCGGCGGGGAGCGACGAGAGCGGGCCGGUGGAACUGUCGGUGUGCGAUGUGGAGGCGCUGAACGGUGCGCUUGUGCUGACCGGCACGUUUCCCGCGGGGUCCGUGCUGACGGUGACGGACUCUCUGCUGGUUGCCGCGAGGCCGACGCCGCUUGUGUAUCUUCCCGGCUUGCAGUCCUCGCCGUACGCACCGGUGCUGGUGCUGUCGGGCCUGCGGCUCGUGCGGUCCGUGCUGGUUGUGUCCGGCGUUGCCCUCGUGACCGUGGUGACUGGUGGGCGGACGGUGGCGGUGGACGGCGCCGUGCUGGAGCUUGUCGGUGGCGGUGUCGCGCUGGACGCGGCUGUGCUCGGUGGCGACGUUGCGUUGUACGCGAGUGCGCGCGUGGUUGCGUCUGGGGGCGCUGUGCUGCGCGUUUCGGGGAGCCAGGUGUACGCCGCGCAUGGGCUGGUGUUUGGCAGCGGGGUGGAGGCUAACGCGUCCGCCGUCGUAGUGAACGACAACGCCGGUGUGCUGACCGAUGGCGCGCUGCUGGAGCUGCGGGGGUCGGCGUCGUUUGUGUCCGGGUCGUGGCUGUCGGUGCGCGGCAACAGCAUCAGCGGCAGACUUCUGUCUGUGCCGUCGUACCCGCGCCGUGCGGACCUCGUGCAUAGCAUUCUGACGCUCCAUGGGAACGCCGGCAGCGGGCCCGUCGUGAUGGACGGCACCGUUGCGCUCGGGGGAGCCGGCCGAAAUUUCGUCGUGGGGUGCCUGACGCUCAACGGGCAGGCACUGCGGCCGAUGGACUACAGGUCCGCCGGCAUCAUCGGGGAAUUCCGUUCUGUGGCGUGUGGCGUGUGCGACGCCGACGUGCACUGCUUUGCAGCUGCGACGAGGGCGAUGUCGGGAUCGUGCGGCUGCCGCUGUGCUGACGGCGGGUACGGGCGCGACUGCCUGCCGGUGUACCUGCCGCACGUGGACGGGUGCAACCGCACGCUCUUUAGGCCGCCGCUGAGCCACACGGCGACGCUGACGGAGACGCGCAGCCUGAAUUCAACGUGGACGGCGACACCAACGUGGACGCCGAGCGUGAGCACGACGCACUACAGUCCGACGCAGUACGGGCCGACGGAGACCCUGCGGGUGACGGAGACGGUGGCGCUGCCGCCCACGCGGAGUCCGACGGCGUCGGUGAGCAGCACGCUGUGGUGGAGCGACGUGGCGUGCCCGACACUCACCGUGACGACGACGGCGGCUGGAGGAGGCCUGACGCAGAACGACAUCCGUGGCGGUGGGAGCGUUGUCCCGACGCUGCUGAUGGUGGCGCUGCCGCCGCCGUUUCGGUGGGCACGCGACCCGCAGCUUGGCACGCACCUGAGCUUCGUGCCUGUCUCGACGGCGCAGCCGCGCGGGUUUGGCGGUCCGUGGGGAGCGAUGCUGAGCAACGCGACGUGGGUGCGCAAUGCGACGAAUCCGUCCACCGUCCUGGAGCUGGCUUUGCCCGUGCACCGCGGUUACUUUGUUGCUGCCGACGAGACGCUAGUCAUUCGCUGCGACGCUGCGGCAGUGUCCGGCGGCUGCAAGGGUGUGCUGCUUGGUUCCUUCACAAUCAGGUCGAACACGCUGCCCGCCGCUGCCAGCGCCCUCUCGGCGAUCACCGGCGUUGUUGCGGGUGCGGCGGCUGUUGCCGCGGUGGUGACCGGCGGACUGGGCUCCAUCCUUGAGAUGCAGGCGCUCGGCGUGUUUGCGAGGAUGUCAUGCGCCUCGGCGCAGGAGCGUGCGAGCACCGUUGCGCUGCCGUACUUUCUGUCGGUGUUCGCUGCCCUUGACCCAGUGUGGAUGGUGGUGGGCAACGCGCUGCUUGCCGCUGUGUUCGGGUGCGUGCACUGCGGUGUGACGGCGGCCUUCCAGCGGUGGCGCGGCGUGGACGCUGCGAGUGCGUGGGCUGCGAUGCGCUUCCCGAGCCUGACGUACGUCGUGGCGCACGCGAUGCAUCUAGGCAUUUUCUUCGGCUCCGUGUUCGCACUGGCGAUGUCCGACGCCCGCGUGCAGCACCGCGUGAUUGGUGUCGUUGGCGUGCUGUACGGUGUGGCCUUCCCCGCUGGCGUGUGCUACUUGAUUGCUCGCGACGUGGGCGCGAGCUUCACGAGGUACUGGCAGUUUUUGAGGAAGCCGCUGCCCGAGCGCCUGCUGUACCCUGUCGGGUAUUGGCACCCCGCGGCGCAGCAGCGGAUGUACGGCGGCAUGCUGACGAACAUGAGGGGCAACCACGUGUACUGGUGCGUGUUCCAGCUGUCGGUGCUGUGUGUGGUGGGCCUGAUUGCGGCUGUGCACCCGCCCGUGGGAGGCUGCCACGUCCAGUACUUCUGCAUGGCGGCUGUGCUGCUUGCGGGUUCGGGCGUGGUUGUCUUCACGAACAUGAUGCGCUCGUCCUUCCUGACGGUGAUGCACACUGCGGGCUUUCUGCUCCUUGCGACGCUGUGCGUGAUCAGCGCGGCCAACCACCUUGCGCCGAGCGACGGCGGUGCGAGGGCGUACGUGGCUAUCGUGCUGCUGCUGACGACUGUGGUGCUUGCGGUCACAGUGUACGGCGUCGUUGUGUGGUACGCAGAGGACCGCCACUGGCAGGAGCUGCGCGAGCCGCGGCGUGGCGGACUGGAGGCGCUGCUGCGCGAGGGGAGCGGCGACGAGAACCUGCAGAAGCUCCACGACAUAACGUUAUUGUCGUACGCCUCAGGCACCACCGUUGUGUCGUCGUACCGACCACCCGCACCGCUGCAGCCCAUGGCCGGUGAAACCUGCUCAGACGCCCUGAGCCUUUUCGACUGUGCAUCGAGUGCGAGCUGCAGCAUUAAUUAUGCUCUUCUGGAUAGGUGA